CGCAUAUAUGCAUGUACAUAUAGGCCGCCUUACAUUAUUUGAGUAAAUAAAUCAUGCCGGUGGAACUGAGGGACGUUGCUCUUUUGGGGGGUGUGAGUGUAAUGCACGCUUGGCAGCUGGGUAAAUUUGCCAGAAGAGUUGGUGCUGCUCGGGGAAAGUUUAAGGUGAACUAUCCAGCAAUCAGUGGCAAUGAAGAAUUCGAACGCUACUACAGAGCUCAAAUGAAUACCCUUGAAUUCUUUCCCAUCUUUUCAACAUCUCUGUGGAUGAGUGGACUGUUUUUCCAUCAAGUUCCUGCUGCUAUUGCUGGGGUUGUGUAUAUAUAUGCCAGAAAUAAAUACUUCAAUGGUUACAUAGUCAGCGUCAAAGAUAGAGUACCAGGAUUUAAGCUUGGAGUGAAAUGCAUCAUGGCUAUGUUAGGAAUGUUCCUUCUGGGUAUUGGACAUCUUGCCGUGGAGACCUUCACUGGGAUCAACAUCAAAGAACAAUACCUCCAGCAGUACCUCAAGUUCUGAGGCAGAACUCCUCAGACAUGCACUAGCACCUCAAGUUCUGAGGCAUUUGAAACACCUCAGAUUGUCACUCAAGGAGAAUAUUGACAUUUUGAAAUGAUAUAUUUUAUAUAUAAUAUAUUUUUAUAUGUCUACAUUAAUUCAUUUUUUAAAAAAUAAAAUUCUUGACCUCAA